AUGGAGACGAGAAAGACGGUGCUUGGCGAGGAGUAUCCAGACUCGCUGACCAGCAUGGCUAAUCUGGCCUGGACGUACAGGAAUCAAGGCCGAUGGAAGGAGGCGGAGGAGCUAUUUGUGCGAGUGAUGGCGACGAGAAAAAGCGUGCUUGGCGAGGAGCAUCCACACACGCUGAGCAGCAUGGCCAAUCUGGCGUUGACGAUUUGGAAUCAAGGCCGAUGGAAGGAGGCGGAGGAACUAUUUGUGCGAGUGAUGGAGACGAGCUUGAGGGUGCUUGGCAAGGAGCAUCCACACACGCUUACCAGCAUGGCCAAUCUGGCGUCGACGUUUUGGAAUCAUGGCCAAUGGAAGGAGGCGGAGGAGCCAUCUGUGCGAGUGAUGGAGACGAGAAAGAGGGUGCUUGGCGAGGAGCAUCCAGACACGCUCACAAGCAUGAACAAUCUUGACUUUACGUAG